AUGGGUCGUGGAAAAGUAGAGCUGAAGAAGAUUGAGAAUCCAACAAACCGCCAAGUUACCUUCUCCAAGAGGCGGAUGGGGUUGUUCAAGAAGGCAAACGAGCUAGCCAUUCUUUGUGAUGCGCAAAUCGGAGUCAUAAUAUUCUCUGGAAGUGGCAGGAUGUAUGAGUACUCCAGCCCUCCAUGGAGAAUAGCAAACAUCUUUGACAGAUACCUGAAAGCCCCUAGCACCCGUUUUGAGGAGAUGGACAUCCAGCAGAAAAUCGUCCAGGAGAUGACUAGGAUGAAGGAUGAGAGGAACAGGCUGAGGAUGAUCAUGGCACAGUACAUGGGGGAGGAUCUGGCCUCAUUCUCCGUGCAAGAUCUGAGCAACCUUGAGCAGCAGAUCGAGUUCUCGCUCUACAAAGUUCGCCUCAGGAAGCAAGGGCUACUUGACCAGCAGCUGCUCGAGAUCCGCCAAAGGGAGAUGCACAUGCCAGGAGAGCAGAGCGGGUACCUGUGCCUCAUGAACCCGGCUAUUGCUAGGGGGCAGCAGCAGCAGGCUCAGGCAGGCGAGAUGGUGGGAAACCCGAGGCCGUUCCCGUGGUGGGACGUGGGGGCCAGUGGCAGUGGCACCCAGAGUCAGCAGCUGCUGCCCGGCCGGGACGCGGCGGAGUCGUCGAUGACGGCGUUGCAGCUGUCUCCGCAGCUGCAGGAGUACAGGCUCCAGCCGCGGCAGGCCAACCUGCAGCAGGACGCCAACGUCCAUGGCUGGCUGUGGAGUUCUGCAUGCAUAUUAUCGACCAUUUGCUGGGGUCGUGGUCCUGAACGAGACGCUGAACGUGCUUGUGACCUGUUCUAG